UCCUUUUUACGGCAGUUCGAGUCAAACAGUCAGCCACCGCAGUUUGGGCCGAUCGCCGUUUAUGUUUUGCUUGUGUCAGUGUACGUGAAUUCCUGUCAUCGAGGAAUCCGGUGUGUUGAGCUCGUCGCGUAGAUUUUUGCUAGUUUUAAAUUUGAAUCAAUCAAGCAAUUAACACAUUAAUUCGAGAUUCGGGCGUGCGCGUAUUUCUAUAUUGAUUUAUUGCUUGCUUUAGUGCUGAAACAGUGGAUUAUUCUAAAACAGUGAUUAGAACCAGCGGCCAAAAAGAGCUCCUGUAUUAGACCAAAAACAACUCCAGCAGAAAAUCGAUUCCAUUGUGCUGCUGUCUGCUUGUGUAGCAAAAGUUCCUGCCAGCACCGUCGCCGAUGAUUUGCUGACAAACGCAGUCUUGCUGAGUUUACUGCCGUAGUGGGCUGGCGACAACAGUGUUUUAUUUUCAUUUUUUUGUGUUUUGUAUUUGUUCGCCGGAAGCUGCUGCUAAAAGUGCGUAGAGCUGGAAUUUGCACGUCCGCCGCAAGCAGCCAUCAACACUGGACAGUCUCAGGAGAACGGGCAGCGGCAAAAUGUCGACAGAGUCGGGAAAGACGUUUUCCAACGUGGAAACGUCGGGUUACGUGGGUUUUGCCAACUUGCCCAACCAGGUGCACCGUAAAUCGGUUAAAAAAGGUUUCGAGUUCACUUUGAUGGUAGUUGGCGAAUCGGGACUGGGUAAGUCCACUCUGGUGAAUAGUUUGUUCCUCAGUGAUUUAUACCCGGAGCGGGUCGUUCCGGAUGCGGUGGAAAAACAACACCAAACGGUGAAGCUGGAUGCUUCAACGGUGGAGAUUGAGGAACGGGGCGUCAAACUGCGGCUAACAGUGGUUGAUACGCCUGGGUUUGGCGAUGCAAUCGAUAACAGUGACAGUUUCAGUGCCAUUUUGGAGUAUAUCGAUGAACAGUACGAGAGAUUCCUGAGAGAUGAGAGUGGUCUGAACCGAAGGAAUAUUGUGGACAACAGGAUACACUGCUGUUUUUACUUCAUUUCACCUUUUGGACAUGGGUUGAAACCAUUGGACAUUGAGUUUAUGAAAAAGCUGCACUGUAAGGUGAACAUCGUGCCGGUGAUUGCGAAAGCUGACGUGUUGACCAAAAAAGAGAUCCAGCGCCUGAAGUGCCGUAUUCUACAGGAGAUCGAAGACAAUGGGAUCAAAAUUUAUCCACUGCCAGAUUGUGAUAGUGAUGAAGAUGAAGAUUACAAAGAACAGGUGCGACAAUUGAAGGAAGCAGUUCCAUUUGCCGUAUGUGGUUCCACCACUCUUCUGGAGGUGAAGGGACGUAAGGUUCGGGGCCGACUAUACCCAUGGGGUGUGGUGGAGGUGGAAAAUCCCGAACAUUGCGAUUUUAUCAAACUGAGAACUAUGUUGAUCACUCACAUGCAGGACCUGCAGGAAGUUACUCAGGAAGUACAUUAUGAAAACUAUCGCUCGGAGAGGUUGGCCAAAUCAGUCCGCAAGAACGCUAACCCAAUAAUUAAAGACGAGAACGGCAGCACCGGUGAGGUGUUCACCGAGAAAGAUCGUAUUCUACGCGAAAAGGAAGAAGAAAUCCGUCGGAUGCAGGAGAAACUCGCCCAGAUGCAAGCCAAAAUACAAGCGCAGAAAUAAAGAUUAUCGUCAGCAAAGUGACAAUGGAUGCGGGAAAUCUUAAUCUAGAUCCUUCGUCGAGAUAUGUGUAUAUUGUUCAAAGAACAUAGUGUUCAGAGCCAUCCAGUACCAGCUCCUUUAUGUGUAGAAACGCUUGGUGAAAGAUCCACAUAUACACAUUUCUUUCAUUUGUAGAAAAAUGCAAACAAUAGACGAUGUGGAUUAAUAUUUUGGUAGGCGAUUGUCAUCUCUGCAGCGAAAACCUAGUAGAUAUAGCAUGACACAAAACUCAAAUAUACCACACAAUUUGGGAUCACUCAUUGUUUUUAGAAUAUUUCGAAUAAAUUGCAACUCUUGUACAUUCUCGUUUCGUCUUCGUACAAUUUAAUUUGAUAAACGUUGUCGAAAAUGUAUUAAGUACAAACCUAUCAACCAUAACUAUUCUGCGUCGGAAAUGCGGUUUUAAGUGUCUCCCGUUAAGAUCGGCAGCAGCUUGGAAACAAGGAAAAUUGUUUAGUCAGCUUUGAGUGCCAUCAUCAUCUAAAAGAGAUCGCUAAAUUUUCAUUUUGUUUUCAUGCUUAGAACUGAAUAGAAUCUCUCAAAAACAAUCAAUGGGCAGUCACCUGAACCCAGAACAAGCAUCGAAGUUUAGUGGUACCAUCUCUCUUUAUAAAAAAAUCUAAAAACCUUCAAAAAUCCCAUGUGUAACUCAUAUUAUAUAUGCUUCCUAGUGUAGUUUUCGUUUAUGCAAUUAUGAUUAAAAUCAAAUAAGAAAGUACGCAAGAUUAUAGCGAGCAAUAAUCGGAUAGGGACGAGUCAAAUGGUAGUUUUAUUUUUCGAUAGCUUUUUGUAUCGAACCAUGAACGAAUGUAGAAUUUUGCAUAAAAGUCCCAUCAAAACAGGUAGUUUUUUUUUAAUUCGAUUUAACGUGCUUUUAGUACACAAUAUACCAACUAUCGACCGUAGAUCCGUGCAUGAUCCAAACCAGAAGAGAUAUCACUCGUUUAAGAAUGAAGCAAAUUAUCAUUAGUUGCUAGUGGUACUUAACACAGAUGGGUAGAACAGUAAUUCGACCAUACUUGAAAUUCUGCUUUCGGUCCAUGAUAGGAAAAAGUGAAGCGCGAUCCGGAUAUUCUUGAACCUACUACCUAUGCGAACAUUUGUAGGUGUUGAAGUCGAAAAAUUAAGCAUAGAGUAUAAUAAUCUUGUUGCACUUUUUUCUAGAGCGUAAAUUUUUCCUUCGAAUAAUCUUUCGGUUUAACGGAUAUGCCGAGGAAUUUUGAACAAAGAUAAAAAUUAAAUUGAAUCAGAUGGUUUGGUUUAUCGAAUCAGUAUAUACACGUAAAUAUGUAUUGGUUUCUCUAUUAUAUUUUUUCUAUUGAACAAAAUAAGCCAAUAUAACUCUAUAAUUGAA